AUGGAGACGUAUGACAGUGACAAGUACUUCUACAGCGAUGACAUGCUGUACAAUGUCAGCUACGAUCUAACCUACCUUGGGGAGCGCUCCAGCUCCAGUCUUCCCUAUUCUCACAUCUACCUGCCACUGCUUUAUUUCCUCAUGUUUUUCACAGGCUUCCUGGGCAACCUCUUUGUGAUCACAGUCAUGGGCAGCCGGAGGAAGAGAGGCGGCCGUCUGGUGGAUACGUUUGUGGUUAACCUGGCACUUGCGGACCUGGUGUUUGUCCUCACCCUCCCUCUGUGGGCCGUCUCGUCCAGUCAGGAGGGACACUGGCCUUUCGGCAACCUUCUCUGCAAGCUGAGCAGCUACAUUGUCGCCGUCAACCGCUUCUCUAACAUCUUCUUCCUGACCUGCAUGAGCGUGGACCGCUACCUGGCCGUGGUGGGCCUCAUGGACUCACGCUUUCUCCGCAGCAGCCAGUGUGUGCGUCUCAACUGCGCCGUGGUCUGGCUGCUAUCCCUGGCUCUAGGUACCCCCUCCCUGGUGUACCGUAGCACGUAUACUCCCAACGGCAAACUCUUCUGUCUGGAGGAUGAAGAGUCAUCCUUCUUCCUGGGUCUGAGCCUGACCAUGGUCUUCCUGACCUUCGCCCUGCCGGUGCUCAUCAUCAUCCUCUGCUACGGUUCUAUCCUGGCCCACCUGCGCCAACACUGUGUUGCUGCUGGCAACCCUCGCGCAGAAGCCCGACGCCGCCACUCUCUCAAGAUGGUCUUCACCAUAAUCGUGGCCUUUGUGGUGUCUUGGCUUCCCUUCAACAUCUUCAAGACUAUCCUCAUUGGUUUCAGGCUGUCUAGAGCCGAUCUGAGCCUUGAGACCCAGUCUGUCUUGAGUCAGGGCCUCACCCUCUCCUGCUGCUUGGCCUUCCUCAACAGCUGCAUGAACCCAGCCAUCUACCUGUUCCUGGACCACCACUUCAGAGGGCAGGCGGAGAACCAGUUCCUGAGCUGCGUGGGAAAGCUUGGGCUGCACCAAGGCUAUGCCUCAUCCACUGACUUCUACAACGGUACCUCAGAGAGCUGCGGCACAACAGCCUCCAGAACUCGUCUCCAGCCACUUGACCAGGAUGUCUGA